AUGAAAUUAUCUCCAAUAAUUCAAUAAAUAAAGGAUAAUGUCAAAAAAGGAUUAGAUAUUGAAAAUAGUUUAUACAUGUUAAUGAUGAAUGCAGUUAUUUAUACAUUAUCAGAUUUUGAUGUAAAAUAUAUUACAUUUCCUAACAAAAAUUACAAACAAAAUUGUAUCAAAUUCUUAGAAGAAGUCAAGAAAUAACCUUCAAAUAUUGAUAUAUAAUCAAUUUAUUAAGUAUUUUUUAUUUAUAAUUUAUUAGAGGAUGAAUUUUGAUUUAACUGGAGAUGAUUGUUUUGAAAACUCAGAUGAAGAGAAACAAAAUUUUUUUAAUAAAGAACAAACAAUCAUACAAGUAAUUUUAUAUUAAUAUUAUUUUAGAAAGGAAGAAAGCCAACUGCUUAUGAGGAUAGUUUAAUACAGUCAUUAUUAAAUCAUUUAAAUGAAAAAGAAGAAUUAUUAAAAAAAAGGUUUAACAAUAAAAAAUAACAUCCUGAAAAUUUUAAAGAUUAUCUUGAUUAAAUGAGUCCUUAUGAAUUAUGGAAAAUUAUACAAGAUUUAAAGGGAGGUUAUUAUUUUUUUGAAGUAUUUGAGAAUCAAAAACCUGAAUAUGGAAUAAACUAUUCUUAUAUUGAUAAAAUGAUGAUGUGUUCAAAAUCAUUUGAAAGAGAAUAUAAUUAAUUUAAAACUCACUUAAGAUAAUAAUAAGAAUUGCAUUAUUAGACAUUAAAAUAGGAAAUGAAUAAAUUAGGUCCCAUAGAACUUAAUACAAUUUCAGAACCUAUUUGUCUAAUAAUUAAGGAGGAUCCAGAAAUAGAGUGUAAUUGUAAUUAAAGAGGAGCUAGACAAGCUUUAAGAUAAUGGUCUUAUAUAAAUUAAGUCAUUAAAUUAUUUAAAUCAAAUUCUGAUUAAGAAAUUUAAUAAUAUAAUUAUAAAGGAUAUUUUAGAAAUUUGAUAUUUAAUUUAGAACAAUACACUAAUUAGGUUAAUUAAUAAUUUGAUUAUUUGAUUAAAAUAAAUGAAAUCUUAAAAUCUAAAGUAGCAUCAUUAAGAAUUCUACAUUAAUAAUUGAUAUAGGAAUCAUAAAAUUUAACAAAGGCUUAAAGAUUAUAAGAUGAAGAAAUAAUUAGAUUAAAAUAAUCACUGUAAAAACUUUAAUUAGAAAAAUCAUAAAUAAAUACAAGAUUAAUUAAUACAGAAAAUUCACUUUUGAAAAUUCGAGAAUUCAGUGAUCAAAAUAAUAUUAUUAAUAAAACAAGAUUAGUUGCUGAAAGUUUAGAAUAAUUAGAAUUUGAAAAUAAUUAAGCAAUUAAAAUGUAUAAAUUCUAAUAAAUUUGUUAAUUAACAUAGACAGAAAACUCAUUUGAAUAUUAGUUAUGUACUAUUUGCAGAGGAGAAAAUGCAAUAUUCUAAAAUAUUUAAUAAUUAAAAAUACCUUAGAUAACAUUUGAAAAAUUGGAAAUGAAAUAAAUUGAAAAAACAGAAAAUUCAUAGCUUCAAAAUAAAUUUACACAAACAGAAUUUAAAUUACCAUUAAAUGUCAUUAAAAAUGAUUAAAUUCGUUAUCUUCCAUCUCCUGGAAUCUAAAGAAAAAGAGGGGCUUCAACUUCCUAUCAUUUGGCUAAUGAAAAUUCUAUACUUUUAAGAUAAAUUUCAAAGAGUCCUCCAAAAUAAAUAAUAAAUCCUGUAUUUAAAAGGUUAUUUGAGGAUAGUUUGAAUAAGAAAGUAAGAUAGUCACAACUUUCAUCUCGUAUAUAAGGGGAAGAGAAAAAUCAAUGGGAAGAAAUGUUAAUGUUAUUGAAUAAAUUAAAUAAUGAUUAAAAUAAUAAAGAUAUAUAAAAGAAGAUAGAAAAAUCAAUAGAAAGUUAUAAAGAUUAAUUUGAUGCAAAGGAUAAGUUGCCUUAACUAAAAUUAAAAGACAGACCAAAAGUAUCAGAACAUUUAAUUGAUACUUUAAUGAAAGAAUUACAAGAAAAUAAGAAAGUGGCACUUCAAGAAUUAGUAGAUUAAUUUUAAAGUAUUUUGACAGUUAAUAAAUUAAACAAAAGUAGAGAUAUGUAUAAUAAAAUAACAAUAUGA